GCUGCAUAUCCAGGAGUAAUCUCUCUCCUCCUCGUCGGUCCAGGUGAGAGGUGCUGUUCUCCAGGCUGCUGGAGGUCUGGACCAUGGCUAUGAAGGAGAGCAUCCUACCCAUCAGCGAGGUGUCCAGCCCCUACCCCGAGGUGGUGGAGCUGAACGUGGGAGGACAGGUGUACGUGACCAAGCGCUCCACCCUGCUCAGCGUGCCCGACACCACCCUGCACGCCAUGUUUGCCCUGUCCCCGCCCCGGGAGCUGCCCCGAGACAGCCGGGGGCGCUUCUUCAUCGACCGUGACGGCUUCCUGUUCCGCUACGUGCUGGACUUCCUGCGGGACCGGCAGCUAGUGCUGCCCGAGCACUUCCCCGAGCGCGAGCGCCUGCAGCGGGAGGCCGAGCACUUCCACCUGGGGGAGCUUCAGAGGCUGCUGGGACCGCGGCUAGCCAGGCACGCCUCCAUGAACGACGAGGGUUGCCACAGCGGUGAGGAGAGUUCCCAGGCCAGCGAGCACCCAGCAGCCCGUAACCCUGCCUCCCUCUCCGACAAGAGGUCAGGGUUCAUCACCGUCGGUUACAGGGGCUCCUACACCACUCUGAGGGAAAGCCAGGCAGACGCCAAGUUCCGGCGUGUAGCGCGGAUAACCGUGUGCGGACGCAUCGCUCUGGCUAAGGAGGUGUUCGGGGAGACGCUGAAUGAGAGCAGAGACCCCGACCGGCCUCCAGACAAGUACACAUCUCGCUUUUACCUGAAGUUCACCUACCUUGAGCACGCCUUUGACCGUCUCUCUGACGCCGGCUUCCACAUGGUGGCCUGCAACUCCACCGGCACGGCAGCCUUUGUCAGCCAGUACCGAGACCUGGACAAGGUGUGGAGCAGCUACACCGAGUACAUCUUCUUCAGGCCCUCUUGCCUGACCCUGUCCCCUAAGCAGGACUGUGACGAACACAAGCAGGAGAAACUCACCGACAAGGGCAGUGAGAGUGGAACAUCCCUGAAAGAGCUCUCCACCUCCAGCUCGGAGACCCACUCGGAGGCCAGCUCCCCCCAGGACGGGCCGGUGGUGGGGGUAGUGGUGGGAGGAUGCGGGGCCCUUCAGUCCGUGUCCCGCCAGCCCAGCACCCUGACCCUGGGUCGCCCCUCCAAGAAGGGCUCCUCAGUACAGUGGAUGCAGCAGCCCAGCAAGCGGCGCAACAGCGAGCUGUUCCAGUCCCUGACGGGAGGGGGGGAGGAGGGGCUGGGCAGGAGGAAGGAGAGGCCUGGUGUGGAGGAGGACAUGAGGCAGUGCAUACAGGACUUCCACAACAUCACAAUCCCACAGGACUUUCCUGAACGCAAGCGACAGUGGCAGUCUGAACUUCUCCAGAAGUAUGGUCUGUAAGGAUCAGGCUGAUUUUUUGGACUCACGGACUUCUGCCAUUCUGAACCAUGGUAACUGAAAGAUCUAUUUCUGGAAGAACAUACAACAGAGUAUUCUAAAGCCAUUCAAAAAUGUAUAAAAAUAAUGUUCAAAACAGACAGCUCAUCAACAAGUCUAUAUUAACUGUUUGACCAUUUUUAUGAAAUUCAUUUGAUUUCUAAAUAAUGUUCAAUUUUUGCUUGGUCUAGAUGAAAAUUAAAAACAGUUUGGUUGUUCUGAAAUACACAUCAAAACAGCACAAACUCUAAAUGGAAAAAUACAUUCAAUAAUAUCUAGACUUAAUCUGUUUACACAUUAUAGAUGAGUGAUUGCCAAUACCAUUUAUGAUCUGCUAUAUUACUCCUUGUAUGUUCGUUUAUGAUGUCCCUAAUCAGUGUGUGAGUUCCAAUGUGUAUUGCUGCCACUGAUAGCAUGUCAUAUGAAUCAUUUAUAAUCUAGAAUUACAAGAGC